AUGGGUAUAGCACUAGAUCCAGAAAAUGAUGAACUUUACAUCUCAAAGACAAAGAUAAGGGAGUCCAAUGCCAUUACAUCAAUUCGAAUAUCUCCCGACGGUUCUAUAAUGGCAUUGGCAACCCAGAAUAAAAUCAAAAUCUACACUACACAAGGGGAGCCAAUUGGCGAGUUACUAGGACAUACAAAGGGUAUUUCCGAUAUCAAGUUUUCACCAAUUAACUCGUCAGUUCUUGCGUCCUGUUCAGAUGAUCUUACUAUACGACUUUGGUCCAUUAACAGUUCGUCAUCAUCAAAAUGUAUUAAAAUUUUCAAAAAACAUACGUAUCAUAUAACCACGAUGCAAUUUAAUUCCAAGGGUAACUUGCUAAUUAGUGGGUCUGCCGAUGAAACCAUAACUAUAUGGGACGUUAUAUCGGGAAAGAUUUUGACUACGUUAGCAGCGCACUCCGACCCUAUAUCGAGUGUGACUUUAACACCAGAUAAUUCAAUCAUCAUCAGUGCUUCAUACGACGGAUUGAUUCGAUUGUUUGAUUUGGAAACAUAUCAAUGUUUAAAGACCCUAACUACGAGCACUUCACAUGGUACGGCUACGAGUUCGCUUUCAACUGCCGAUUUACAAAACUUUCCAGUGGCGAAUGUUGAGAGGUCACCUAAUGGCAAAUACAUCUUGAGCACAAGCUUAGAUGGGCUGAUUAGGUUAUGGGAUUACAUGCAAAAUAAAGUAGUAAAGACAUUUAUUGGUCCCAAACAGAGUCCCAUUUGUGAAAAAUACAAUUGCGAACUGAGAUUUAUAAUUUAUCAAGGACGAAAUCUUAUAGUUAGUGGAAGUGAUGUAAAUGGAGUUUUGUGCUGGAAUAUUAAACUGAAGGAAUUGGUAUGGAAUUACCAGGGCAAUGACACGGUUCACGCAGUAUUGAGUAUCGAUACGUUUAAUGACGGGAAAUUGCUAGUAACUGGAGGGCUUGAUGGGGUUGCCAAUGUAUUUGAACUAAAUGAAAAUUGGAAAAGAUAA